GUCUUUGCAUCGCAGCUUGCAGUAAACAGGAAACUAGUGUGAAAGGAAAGGAGAGGACUGUGUGCCUUUUUAUUUUUUAAAUUACGGAGUGUGCAGUUUUGAAUCUCGAAUCAUGUCCAAAAGGAUGAGCUGUCGGUGCUGCAGUCGUGACCCAGGCUGAGCGCCCAAUGGCAGAGGUCUAUUCCACGAAAAACAAAAACAAAACAAAGUGAAAAAAUGGCUGCGAAGGAGAAAUUGGAGGCGGUGUUAAACGUGGCCUUGAGGGUGCCCAGCAUCAUGCUGCUGGAUGUGCUGUACAGGUGGGACGUCAGCUCCGUCUUCCAGCAGAUCCAAAGAAGUAGCCUCAGUAACAACCCUCUGUUCCAGUACAAGUAUUUGGUCCUCAAUAUGCAUUAUGUAGGUUAUAUCUUAAGUGUUGUGUUACUCACCUUGCCCAGGCAGCAUCUGGUUCAGCUUUAUUUAUAUUUUUUGACCGCCCUACUCCUCUAUGCUGGACAUCAAAUCUCCAGAGACUACGUUAGGAGUGAACUGGAGUCUGCCUAUGAAGGACCAAUGUAUUUGGAGCCUCUUUCCAUGAAUCGGUUUACCACAGCCUUAAUAGGUCAGUUGGUGGUGUGUACUUUAUGCUCAUGUGUCAUGAAAACGAAGCAGAUUUGGCUCUUCUCAGCUCACAUGCUUCCUCUGCUAGCACGACUCUGCCUUGUUCCUCUGGAAACUAUUGUUAUCAUCAACAAAUUUGCUAUGAUUUUUACUGGAUUGGAAGUUCUCUAUUUUCUUGGGUCUAAUCUUUUAGUACCUUACAACCUGGCUAAGUCUGCAUAUAGAGAGUUGGUUCAGGUGGUGGAGGUGUAUGGCCUUCUAGCCUUGGGGAUGUCCCUGUGGAAUCAGCUGGUAGUACCCGUUCUGUUCAUGGUUUUCUGGCUCGUCUUAUUUGCUCUUCAGAUUUACUCCUAUUUUAGUACUCGAGAUCAGCCAGCAUCACGUGAGCGACUUCUGUUCCUUUUUCUCACAAGUAUCGCUGAAUGCUGCAGCACUCCAUACUCUCUGCUGGGUCUGGUCUUCACGGUUUCUUUUGUCGCCUUGGGUGUCCUGACUCUGUGCAAGUUUUACUUGCAAGGUUACAGAGCUUUCAUGAACGAUCCUGCCAUGAAUAGGGGCAUGACAGAAGGAGUAACACUGUUAAUCCUAGCGGUGCAGACUGGCCUCAUAGAGCUGCAGGUUGUGCACCGGGCCUUCCUGCUCAGCAUCAUCCUGUUCAUUGUUGUGGCCUCUAUCCUGCAGUCUAUGUUAGAGAUUGCAGAUCCGAUUGUUCUGGCCUUGGGAGCGUCUAGAGAUAAGAGUUUAUGGAAACACUUCCGUGCUGUAAGCCUUUGUUUGUUUUUACUGGUGUUCCCUGCAUAUAUGGCCUACAUGAUUUGCCAGUUUUUCCAUAUGGACUUUUGGCUUCUCAUCAUCAUUUCCAGUAGCAUUCUCACUUCCCUCCAGGUACUGGGAACACUUUUUAUUUAUGUCUUAUUUAUGGUUGAGGAAUUCAGAAAAGAGCCAGUAGAAAACAUGGAUGACGUCAUCUACUAUGUGAACGGCACUUACCGCUUGCUGGAGUUUCUCGUGGCCCUCUGUGUGGUGGCCUAUGGUGUCUCUGAGACCAUCUUUGGAGAAUGGACUGUAAUGGGCUCAAUGAUCAUCUUCAUCCAUUCCUACUACAACGUGUGGCUUCGGGCCCAGCUGGGAUGGAAGAGCUUUCUUCUCCGCAGAGAUGCCGUGAACAAGAUUAAGUCAUUACCCGUUGCUACGAAAGAGCAGCUGGAGAAACACAACGAUAUCUGUGCCAUCUGUUACCAGGACAUGAAAUCAGCUGUGAUCACGCCGUGCAGUCAUUUCUUCCACGCAGGCUGUCUUAAGAAGUGGCUGUACGUGCAGGAGACCUGCCCUCUGUGCCAUUGCCACCUCAAAAACUCCUCUCAGCUUACAGGAUUAGGGACGGACCCUGCUCCACAGCCUCCUGCUGGAGCUGAGCAGUACAUGCUUCAGGAAGGCACUGCACCCCCAGAGCACAGCCAUCCUGCAGGGACUGGGCUGGAGGAAGGUUCUGAGGACAGUGUGGAGCACUUCGCCAGAGGCCCGGGCACCCAGGAAGGGGCUGCCGGCCCCGGGACACACCCGCACAGCACAGCAGAAGCGGCGCGUCCAGGUGGAUCUGCCUAGAGGGAAAGCAAGAGUGACGCUUCGGUGUCCUGCAGAAGCUGGCUCAAGGUGGACUUCGAGCUCAGCCCUGAGGAGAGGGUGUGUGGCACAGAUAGGUAGGAAACUGACCUUCCAGCAGUCUAUUUCAGGAAGCACUCACGCAGAAACAGCCCGCUUUCAUCCCUUGACGUUGUAGGAGAGAGGAUGCAAUGUAUGCUAAUCAAAAUGUAUUUAUGUGCUCUAUGCUGAUGUUUUCUAGAGAAAAUUCCACCUCAUUAGCUUCAGGAGUGGCCCCCGAUUUGUGAGGCGUAAGUAAGAUCAGAUUCAAAGGUUUGAAAGGGGCUCAGGAGAAGAGCAUAAAGAGCGUGAGGACCACGUGGGAGGAAGUGGGCAGAGGUGGGCCUGGCGUUUCCCCUUUCUGUGGGAUAGGAUCGUUCUGCUUGUGAAGUAUGAGUAGUGACCAGCCCUUUCUCUACCCCCUUUCCUUCAGUUAAAUGGAACCCCGUUGAUUAUUGACAGCUCUGCAGUGAAAUCAAAGAUAGAGAAGCACUGAUUGUAUUCCAAGGUGGAAGCACGCGUAUACUGCAGAUGUGCUGGAGGGCGAGGGUGGGCGGGGGCUGGGCCUCGCGGGUGCAGUCGUGCUCCCUGAGACUCUCGAACUUUAUGACGGAGUCUGCAUUAUUUUGAUGUAUAUGGAACUUUUGUUAAUAUAUUGUAUACUUUGCUGGCUGUGUGAAGUAAUCUAAAACUCUAAUGAACACUUUGGAGUUCGCAUUAGCGAAGGAGGCCAAAGUGGGAGGGGCUUUAGGGCACGGAUGCAGGCCCUGGGUGUACUUUUCAAUCUCCUGUAAUGUUUAAUUCUUGCAACUAAAUCAAAACAGUGUUAAAUUAUGGCAAUAUUUGCACUUUGGGAAUGAGUACAUGACUGUAUGAUCACACUCUGCAAAUGCCACUUUUAAAGCUGUUAAUAGAUUUGCACCUUUUCUUUGACAAGGACGUGUCAUAUUUAAAUUUUUACAUUCUUCAUGGCUACCGGUAGAACUGGGGAGGGGGGAGUACUUUUUUAUGGGACUUUUGAUAUGAAAAGAAACUAGUCAUUUAUUUAUACAAUAGGCUUGGCUCAAAAAGUGUUUUUCAGAUUCGGUAUUCCUGAUGUGGGAUGUGACUUUAUUUUAUUUUUAGUAGCAGACUUGGAUGUACAUGGACAGACAUAACUGAAUGUCUUAAUAAAUUUAAAUUUGAAGAUAA